CAGGUCUACAUUUUCACAACACCUCAGAGAACAGUCGAACCAUGCACACCGCAAAGCACUCCGUAGUUCUGGCCCUAGUCCUCGUCCAGCUGGUGGGCCUCAUUCAAGGAGGAUCCUACAGCUAUGAAGACACGUGGGUCUACAUGUAUCCGUCCAUGGAUUUCCCCAACAACGCUGUACUCGGAGGCCUCGAUUCGGAUGGUUAUUACAACUAUGUUGGCCGUGUGCUGUACAGCAGCAAUGUCCUUCCUGCCCGAGUGGUUCCCGAGCUGACGAAAGCAACCUACAACACGGACACCUAUGGAUACCAGAGCUCGUCCUUUGAGGUGCUAGUGGCCAACGCCACCGUCAGCUACCACUGGCAGCGCAGCUACGACGGCUUCCUGGAGAAAAAUGCAGUAUCUGUGGGAACCAAUUCUGUCAACGACCGCGUUUAUAUCUGCCGCUUCCGGGCCGACGAAGGACUCCUCAUGGGCACUCUCUACCUGGCCAACCGUUCCUGCAUCGUGAAGUACGGCGAGAUGCCACUGAGAAGGCACGACAAGUACGAGGUUUUGAUUAGGGAUCGAAAAGCUGCUGACUUUAUGCCAUUUGGUGUGUAAAACGAUGCAGCGAGACUUUCAAA